UAUUUGGGUCAUUCAAAUUCGCAAAGCAUUUAUUCACUCAAAAGUCACUACAAUGAAAACAUACAUUUAAUAUAAUAUUUGAUAUUGAAACAUGUAUAGUCAUUAUCUUUUAUGUCUCACAGCCAUCAACCGAUUCCUGUGAAUGAUGUGGGGUUUUUAUCCUACAUCACAAUAGGAUGGCUAACGCCGCUAGUCCUGGAUCUGUUCAAACACAGGAAAAAGGAAAUCAGAGAGGAAGAUGUAUGGACUUGUUCAGAGUUAGAGUCGUGUGAUGUCAAUACAGAAAGAUUGGAACCAAUGUGGAUUGACGAAAUGCAGACCUUUGGCCCUGAAAAAUGUUCAGUUCUAAGGUUGUGGCUGAAAUUCAUAUGGAUACGACUACUAGUAGCGUUCGCAGCCCGCUGUUUCAAAGCUUGCAUUGCGUUUCUCUUCACGGGUUACAUUGUUCGUGCCGUUACACAGUAUCUAGAAGGACCGGAAUCAUCCAUAUCUUAUGUUAUUGGAUUGAUCAUAUUAACUGUUGUCGGACAAUUUCUACGGACUUGUUCACAUACAUAUAUCCUUGUUUAUGGAGCACAAACAGGCAAGUAG